AUGCGCGGCCACCGCGCCGCGAAGCGCGGGCUGCUGUUGGUCCCCUCGCUCUGCAGCAUAUCAUGCGGCCUCGCCAGGGGUGACUGCUAUGACGACGAUCUGGUGAGCAUGCUUCAGAUACGCGUGGAGGGCGACCUCACGCCAAUCCGAGCGCAGCAGGAGCAGAACAAGACCUACUCCGCCCUCGGCAGGGUGCUGGGCCAGGACAGCGGCAUGUCGCACUCGUUCCACAUCCUGAAGUACCUGGUCUCGUCCGGGCGCGCCCCGGAGCUCGGCAGGUUUGUCCGCUGCGGGAUUGCUGGAGGUCUCGAAGAACAUCCGGCGGGAUUUGAGUAG